AUGAGAAUGCCUGGCUUCAUCAAGGCGACAGCCCUCGCUGCCAUGGGCUCGCGGGCCCUGGCGCAACUCACCUCGUCCCACCCCGACCUGGCCGACUUCGCGGUGUACGAUCCGAGCUUCAUGGACAUACUGGGCAACAGCGCCUCAAUCGAGCUCAUCUACAAUGCCACGGAGCCGCUCUUCCACGAGGGCGCCGCCAUCAAGCUCCAUGCCGUCACGAACGUCUCGUCGCCGCUCAUCCAGGACAGCAUCCCGCCCAUCACGCUGCAAGCCCUCGACACAUCCUCCAUCGUCCUCCCCAACGGCGGUGUAGCACACGCAGGGUCAUCCGGGAUCCUCUUCACGGCGCAGGGCAGCAAGACGGCCGCGGCGGGGAUCUUCUCGAUCCCGGACCCGGUGGCCAACCCCAACGCCUCGGUGGCCGUGGUGACGUCCUUCCUGGGGCGGCCCUUCAACUCGCCCAACGACGUGGUCGUCAACGAGGCCGACGGCGGCACGAUCUGGUUCACGGACCCGUCGUACGGGUCCUCGCAGGGGAUCCGCGAAGCACCAAAGCUGCCGAACCAGGUGUACCGGCACGACCCUGCCUCCAACACGACGCGCGUGGUCGCCGACGGGUUUGAGCAGCCCAACGGCCUGGCCUUCAACGCCGACGCGAGCGUGCUGUACGUCACGGACUCGAACGCGUUGGACGAGAACCCCGCGGGGCCCGCGACGAUCCACGCUUUCGAUGUCGUCUAUGAUGCCCCGGGGACAUUCCUCACCAACAAGCGGGUUUUUGCUUUCGCCCCGGAAGGGAUGCCGGAUGGGCUCAAGGUCGACGCGGCCGGGAACGUGUGGGCGGGCGUGGGGAGCGGCGUGGCGGUCUGGAACGAGGCCGGGGACCUGAUCGGGCAGAUUACCGUGCAGGGCGGGGCGGCCAACUUUGGGUUUGGGGAGACGGAGCAGACGGUGUUUGUGCUGGGGGAGCACCUGCUGUGGAGGGUGAGGCUUGAUAUUUAG